AACAUCGUAUUUACAGAAUUACACCAUAAUGUAAGUCAUGGUCUUUCCAAGCUGUGCUUUUACCAUUAUAGUUGCCUUUGUUAUUUUUACUGACGAAGUAUUUGCAAUUCGUAAGUUAAAGUCCAAACCAGAUUCUCUCAAGAUAGGAGACGGUCAAGUGGAGACUGAUGUAAAAUUAAACGAGAAUUUUGACAAUGCAUUCAUUGGGCUUAAAAGAAAACAUUUAAUUCCAAGUAUAUCAAGCAAAAACAAUGUUAAAAACGAGAGUCUUCUUGGAGAAACUAUUUCGCAGCAACGUACGCGUAAAAACUUUUUUAAACAAAAUGAUGUCAGCAGGAAAACACUGAGCAAUACCAAACGUCAAUUUGUUUAUCCUUUACCAUACCAGAUGGUGCAAUCUACAGGAUUCCAGCCUCUUGUUUUUGUAGAAAAUCCUAUCUUAUAUAGAGGCGUAUGUCUACAUCAUAUAUGUUAUCAUGGUGGUGUUUGUAUGAGGACAAAACAUGGAUUCUAUUGUGAUUGUCCUCUGCCGUACCUUGGACAACAUUGUCAAUUUAAACGUGCUUGCUGGGAAAACCCUUGUAAGAAUGCUGGCUCGUGUACGGAACUUGGUAAAGGGGGAUUCUCUUGCACAUGCGCUGUAGGAUUUAAAGGCAAAGCAUGUGAAUUAAAAAAUUUUUGUGAUCCAAAUCCAUGUGAAAAUGAUGGGAUCUGUACCGAAAUGGAUGAUGGGCAUCAUUGCACUUGUAAAUUGGGCUACAAAGGCGACCGCUGUCAAAAGAAAGCUGUUUGUUACCCUAACCCCUGCAAGAACGGUGCAACAUGUAUUGACAGAGACAAGAAGACUCGUGAAUGUUCAUGUGCUUUAGGAUUCAAAGGCGAGCUGUGUGAAGUUAUCAGUGAAUGUAGACUGUCCCCAUGUACCAAUGGCGGAACCUGUAUUGAUAUUACUACUGGCUACAAGUGCGCAUGCCUAAAAGGUUUUGCUGGAAGGAAUUGCGAAGUUAUUCUAUGUCAUCCAAAUCCUUGCGCCAACAAUGGUAAAUGUGUAGUGGUCGGGAAUACUUACAACUGCGCAUGUCCAAAGGUUUACAUAGGCCGACAUUGUGAAAGUAAUACGUUUUUAUCUGACCCAAUGACCAUCACAAUUUUUAUAACUUGUGUUAUUCUAUCCACUGUAUGGAGUAAACAAGUAAGAUUCGGUAAGAAUUUUACGUCGAUAUUAUCUCAUCGUGACCUCGUGAAAAAGACAGUUCCAUUUAAAGACAAGUUGGAUUUUCGUCCAGUUUUCAUAAAUGAAUCCGUUGUGCGAAAUGGUGCAAAAAAUACCUCACAUAAUUCAAGUGAUAUUUUGCUGAAACGAACUAUGAAUAAUGGAGUGGUUAAUAAUGGAGCAAAUUUUGCACUUCAUAAUUUGAAGCCGCUUCGUUUGAAAACUGCAUCGUCUACAGCUCGUUCUCGCCUCGCUAUGCUUCAUUCAUCGACGUUUAAGCCCAUUCAUAUAUAUGGAUCUGUACCAUUCAAAACGUUCUUAACGGCUCUUUCUAAGUCCAACGGUCAAUCUUUGAAUCCCUCUUUACAACCCAACACACAUCUAAUUCGACAAACUUCAUUGCGACCGCUGCCAGGAAUAAAACCACUUCAAGGUAGACAUUUUCUUUUUCCUGGCGUGAACAAUAUCCGCAUGAUGCAGCAGGAGACUGUCCCUCUGUUCCAGGGUAGAGCUCCCCCGAUUUCUUUACCCGCUCAACUUGUUGGUGGACCUUUACAAGGAGAUUUGCCGGCAUUUUCGUCACCACAAUUUAACAUGGCUGGUUAUUUUCCUUAUCCAUAUGUUGUGUAUCCAAAUCAUCCCAUAAUCCAUCAUUUUGGACAUAGAAAAGUUUUCGCGCAAGCCAAGUGUUUCCCCAAUCCAUGUCAGAAUGGAGGUAGUUGCACUGCAUUUUCGAAAAGAUACGAAUGUUCUUGUCCAGCUGGCUUCAAAGGACCAAAUUGUGAAGAACAAAACCAGUGCGUUCCUAAUCCUUGUAAAAACGGCGGAAAUUGUUAUGAUGAAGGAGACAAUUAUAAAUGCACAUGUAUCAGUGGAUACACAGGGUAUAACUGUGAAGAGCUCAGUAAGUGCUUACCUAAUCCAUGCAGAAAUGGUGGGACUUGCGUGGAGACUGGGGAGAGCUAUCAAUGUGAAUGCCCAGUGGAUUUCAAUGGUGUUUACUGCGAAGUUGAUAAUUACUGUGGUAAAAAUCCAUGUAUGAACGGAGGACAAUGUACCAAUGGAGAGACUGGAUACGAGUGUAAAUGUGCACAUGGCUAUAUUGGCCACGAUUGCCGAGAUUUUGACAUAUGCUUAAAGAACCCUUGUGAAAACGGAGGAACAUGUAACAGAAUCAAGGGUGGACAAUUUAUAUGCAAGUGCAAUCAUAGAUAUCGCGGGGUAACUUGUGAAGAAAAGAUCUCGCCAUGUGAUUUGGAUCCUUGCCACAAUGGAGGAACUUGUGUUGAAGAUGUCGACCGAUAUGUUUGCCACUGCACAGAGCGCUGGAAAGGAAGACAUUGUGAUGUACAUAUUCACACGCCAUGUAGUGACAAUCCGUGUGAAAAUGGUGGCACAUGUUUUCCUCUUGAUUAUGGUGAUUAUGGUGAAUAUAAAUGUCAAUGUCCUCAUGAUUUCUCAGGAACACAUUGUGAGGUGGAAGCACAACCUGUUUGUAACUCAUGUCACGAGUAUGCCACGUGCAGCAAUGGAAAAUGUGAAUGUAUCAAAGGGUACCAAGGCAACGGAUUUUUCUGCGAAGUUGCUAGUCACUGUCAUCCUAAUCCUUGCUACAAUGGAGGUGUUUGUCAAGAUCGUGCGUCUGAAUUCCAAUGUAUUUGUGCUGAUGGCUUUAUGGGUCCAACAUGUCAAGUAACACCAACACCUACUCCUACCACCAAUAUCGAGUCACAACCAAACAAGUGCAACCCCAACCCGUGUCAAAAUUCUGCGGUAUGUGUUCCCAUUGCAACUGUAGGCUUUCUUUGUCAGUGUCCGAAGCAAUUUACAGGCAAGUUAUGUUCGGAGAAUGCCAAAAGCUAUUGUCAUCCUAGUCCUUGUUUGAAUGGUGGUUUAUGCACUGAGGUUGUUGAUGGAUAUAAAUGUACCUGUGUUGGUCAUUUUCAUGGUAUCAACUGUCAAGUGGAUGAUUGCGAUCGCUGUGAUCUCUCGGCUCUUUGUAAUAAUGGAAAAUGUGAAUGUCGUGCUGGUUACAAUGGUGAUGGAUAUCAAUGUACAAAAGCUACUGGCUGUUCAGACUGUCCUUCGAAUUCAAAAUGCGUUUACGGAAUUUGUGUCUGUAUUCCUGGUCAUUUCUUUAAUGGAGAACAUUGUGCAGCUCCUUCUGAAUCCUGUCCCAGUGAAUGCAAUCCUUCAUCUUGUGACCCAACAUGUCCGACAACCUGCUGCACAUCAACCACUUCCUCACCUCUUACAACAACUCCAUUCCCAACCACUCCUCUACCGUCAACAACUUUUUCGCCUCCAACGAUUCCUCAACCUCCAGCUGUUGAUGUAUACUGUCCACCAACUUGUCAAUCUCAAUGCGCAACUCAAUGUCCAUCUCAAUGUUGCACAAACUACUAUUCACCUUGGAACAACUACGCGGGCUGAGUGACGCAACCCAAUAGUGUCUUCUAAUAUCAUUCGUAACAAUUUAAAAAAUAAAGAGAAAAAUUUAACCAAUUCUUCUAUGGUUAAAUGAACUGAGACUUACUAUUAUUAAAACUUUACUUACGAUUUGCAUGUUGUUUUUGUAAGUUAACACAUGCAUAAGUUAACACAAUAUCUCGCACGCAGAGAUAUUAUUGAUUAAAUGUCUCGCAAACCAA